AAGAAGAAGAAGAAAUGGGUUCAAUUAUUUCGAUGUUCUUCUUAUUAUUUUCAUGCAUAAAUAUUGAAGUUCAAGGUCAAAAUAAUAUUUUCAAUGUGCUGAAUUUUGGUGCCAAAGCUGAUGGGAAAUCAGAUGACUCCAAGGCAUUCUAUGGUGCAUGGAUAAAAGCUUGCAAUUCCAAUGGCACAAGUGCGGUUUGGAUUCCCAAAGGAACAUAUAUGUUGAACCCAGUGACAUUUAAUGGGCCAUGCAAAGGCCCAAUUAAUUUUCAAAUGGAAGGGAUCCUAACAGCUCCUUCGGAAAAAUCUUCACUAUUUCUUGACUGUUGGAUUGGAUUCAAACACAUUGAUCAAUUGGAAAUGAAUGGUGGUGGAUCACUUGAUGGCCAAGGGCCCUUGGCUUGGCCCUACAACAGGUGUAGCGGAAAAGUUGAACAUUGCAUACCUUUGACGACUUCAGUCAAGUUCGCUUACAUGACACGUUCGAGAAUUAGCAACAUAACAUCGAUAAACAGCAAGGGUUUCCACAUGAGCUUGUUCGAAUGUAGCGAUGUAAUGAUUAUUAAUGUCAAGGUGCAAGCCCCAGACAAUAGCCCCAACACCGAUGGAAUCCAUAUGGCUAAGUCAAAAUACAUCCAAAUAUUUGACUCUGAAAUAGCUACAGGAGAUGAUUGCAUUUCCAUUGGUGAUGGAUCUAGAACCAUCAACGUUACUAAUAUUAAAUGUGGCCCUGGCCAUGGCAUCAGCAUUGGUAGCCUUGGAAAGGCUCCAAAUGAAGAUAUUGUUGAUGGGAUCACUGUAACAAAGUGCAACCUCACGUCAACUAAGAAUGGUGUCAGGAUCAAAACUUGGAGUAAUCCCUCUUAUCCAAACACUGUCUCCAACCUUACCUUUGAUCACAUUUAUGUCAAUAAUGUGGCCAACCCCAUUAUUAUUGAUCAAAAUUAUUGCCCCAACAUGCAUUGUAAACAGGGUUUCUCAAGGGUUAGGAUAAGUGGUGUUGCGUACAGAAACAUAUGGGGGACGACAAGUACACAAGUUGCGGUAAAUCUGCAAUGCAGCCAAGCAAAUCCAUGUGAGAACAUUGAGCUUAGAGACAUAAACCUGGUUUAUCAUGGUCUUCCUGCAACUUCUUCUUGUUCUAAUGUUUAUGGAGAAGCUUAUGGCAUUCAAAAGCCACCCUCUUGCAUAAGGAGGCUAUUGUAGAAUAAUCCAAGUUCGAUUAAUUUGAACAUUUACAUUAAUUGAUUUACAAUUGUUACAUAUAAUCUUAUCAAAAUAUUACUAAAUAUAACAUUAUAAA